CGCGUCACACGUCGUUUCCGUCCAAUCAAAGCGUAGUGGAUCGAUCUCACGUUGGGUUGAGGCUUUCAGGGAGAAACUGUUCACGUAGCGUUACAGCCGUUUCACCUGUUUAGAGACAUAUUUGUUAUUCGGCAACUCGCCUUAUGGCACAACACACACUUCGUCCUUCGGCAAUCCGCUUCUAAAGGGAUGAAACGGCUCAAGAGGAAGAAAGAGCACGCAGGAGCUGGGCUGAAUGGGUCUGUCACCAGAGAUCCAGAUUGUGGGAGGAAACAGAAGUUGGUUGAGAUCCAGCAGGCUUUGAUCAGUGAUCCGGUGGACAUUGAGACCCUGAGGAGAGCAGCAGCCAGUAAGGGAGGACUGCUCACUGAUGAACUCAGGAGGAAGGUCUGGCCCAAACUACUGAACAUCAAUGUGUACGAUCUACCACAUAAACCUGGUCGAGAUGUGAGGGAGAACCACAAGGACUACAACCAAGUAGUCCUGGAUGUCAGGAGGUCCAUGAAGCGGUUCCCUAAAUGUAUGCCAGCCUCAGAGAGGGCAGUGCUUCAGGAGCAGCUGAUUGACAUCAUACUGGAGGUUUUGAAACGCACCCCUCAGCUCCAUUACUACCAAGGCUACCAUGAUGUGGCCGUCACUCUGCUGCUGGUUGUCGGGGAGCGGAUGGCCAUCGCCUUGCUGGACACUCUGUCCAAUCACCAUCUCAGGGAUUUCAUGGAUCCUACCAUGGACAGCACCAAACACAUUUUAAACUACUUGAUGCCUAUAUUGGAACAAGUUGAUACAGAAUUACAUGACUUCAUGAUCAGAGCGGAGGUGGGAACCAUCUUCGCACUGUCCUGGCUCAUCACAUGGUAUGGCCACGUGCUGUCAGACUUCAAACACACCAUGAGGCUCUACGACUUCUUCCUGGCGUCGCACCCGCUGAUGCCCAUCUACCUCGCUGCUACGAUUGUGUUGCAUAGAGAGAAGGAGGUGAAGAAGACCGAGUGUGACAUGGCCAUGGUCCACCACCUCCUCUCACGCAUACCCCAGGACCUCCCAUACGAACUUUUGAUCGGCCAGGCCGAGGACCUGUUGGACCAGUACCCUCCAUCUCUACUGGCCAAGCGGGCAGCGCUGCAGUCUCGCAAGAGUCUCUCCAUCAGCACCUUCCAGGCGUUUCAGUUCUCCACCCUCCACCAGAGGCCUGACUCUGUUCUCCAGCGCCUCACCAAGGCCCAGGGCUCCACCAACUCCAGACACGCCUCUCGACACUCAGGUCAGGAAGCAGCUUUGCCCCGAGACCGAGGCCAGCUGUGGGGGAAGGGGAACAGGAUGGUGAGGAUGGCAGUGUGGGGGCUGUCCGCUACGCUCGGGGCGGCCGUGUUCGCCGUGGCCCAGACGGCUAUGGACUGGGGACCCGAGGUGUUGCAACAACUGUUCUGACGUGGCGGUGGGGAUUUGGACUGUAAAGACACAGACUAACACAUGGUGACCGCAAACACACACAUCUGCUCUCAAACAAUAAGCAAACUUCCAUAGGCAAAGAACGACGUUGAAGACUUGAAGCUCCUCUCUCCUGCUGACCUUGGAGAAAAGCAGGAGCAGGUCUGUUAUCUUGGUGCCAGUCAGGUUGUUUCCACACAGUCAUUGUGUGUGUGUGUGUGUGUGUGUGUGUGUGAAUCCCAAAACUCAUACACCAUGUAAGCAUGGAUGGGCUCUGACCUCUUGGGCCCCUGGGCCAGAGCCUCCGUGUGGAGAAACUGUUGACUUUUUUCUUUCCGAACCGACACAAAACUACCACAAAGAGACCAAACACAGACAUGCAAAGAGAGAGGUUUCCAGUUGUUUUGUGUCUCAGUCUGGGGCAUCUACUCCUACGUAGGAGGUGUGGAGGGCUUUACUAUGGUUUUGCCCAGGGGCCCAUUGUCUCAUUACCCAUCCAUGCAUGUGAGACACUAACACAUCUUGCCUUUUCAGGCUGUUGCUCUCACGACGCCAUUGGUGUGACAUUUUACACGCGUCUCUGUGCGUUUGCUGUUCGACGAUUAUUUAGCUGAUAAGUCGUUUUAAGACUGUCAUGCUUGUCUCGCUGUAUUUCUGUUGAUGGGGGUUUUAGUGAGCUUGUUGGAUCUGCAGCCGCAUCUGAAAGCUAAAAGUGCCCGUAGCCAGCGCGAUGACACAUGAAUACAAAUUAUUAAAGAGCGGUGUUUUCUGCUGAAAGCUUCCAGUUAUGAGUGAAGAAGGAGAGCGGGAGAGAAAUGGGAAAGAUGGCGGGAGAGAUUUUGCCUGUAAGCCACUUGUAUUAAUUGCUUUACUGCAGGUGUCAGCGAGUUACACUAACAGUCGAGUUUUCUGCUGCCCAAAAUAUGAACGCUACACACAGUUGGCACUCUGCACUCAAUGCACGCAGUGGGGCUUUUGCAGAUGCAUUGAGGCAUCAGAUGCAGGAUGCGCUGAAAUACAUAUUAUUCUUUUUAAUAUAAUUUUUCUUUAUUUUCUGAAGCAGUUUUCUAGAUGUUGGGGCCUACCACAGCUGAAUGAAUAUGAAUACACCAGUACUUUUACCUUCUUAAAAUAUUUAGCAGGUUUGAGCCAACAUCCACUCUGACCAGCUGUCAACAGAACUACAGAACACAGACUCGGUUCUUCCUCUACAUCGUGUUUCUCUUCACCAUUUUAUUGCUACAGUGAUUAUUUUAACAUAUGCGAUGGAAGAAGUUGUGUUUUUAUUCAACACACCCUGUAGAUAUUGUUGCACCAAAUCACUGAGUUUUAGCGCCUGAAUAGUGAAUAUUAAUAAUACAGGCGGUUUCCAACUGGGGUACAUACAUAUGUACAGGGCACAGGGGUUUCUCCAAACAGCAAUGCAUGCUCUGUGUGUCGAUUUAUAGUCUGAAAUAUUUAUCAGCUUUUUACUAGCAUGUUGACGAGUUGCAUCUGUUCACACAACUUCACCCAAGUCGCAACACUCUGAGUCGGCCUCUUCUCUCUGUCAUCAGAUAUAGAUGCCAGGCACAUGUUGGCACAAUCAGACUGGAUUAGGAGUUUACCCUGCUGGUAUGUGCUUUGUUGUCUACAAAUUACAGUCGUAAGGGAGAAAGCGAACCUUGAAGUCACAUUUUAAUCCUCGGGGCAAUCUGAGAAGGAUUGGAGAGCUGAGUAGUGAACAAACCAGUCAGUUAGUCAGGCAUUCUUCAGCCGAUAGCUCCGUGUGCGUGUGUGUGUGCAUCUGCGUGUGUGCGUGCGUGCGUGCGUGCGUGCGUGCGUGCGUGCGCGCGCGUGCGUGCGUGCGUGCGUGCGUGCGUGUGCGUGUGCGUGUGUGUGUGUGAUUUUUAAUUCGCUGGACAUCAAAGAGAAUUCUUUGAGAUAUUUUCUUUUUGUUGUGGGGCUCAAAGUGCCUUGAUAUGUAUAUUUAUUGUCGACAGUCUAAUUUAUUUUAAGAGCAACAAUCUGAUUGGCUAUUCAUGUAUUGUUAGAUUUAAUUGGAUUUUCUGGAUGUAUAUUUAAAACAAAUCUUUGGGGCUGUAAAAGAUUAUGGUUAUUAUAUGCACUUUUAAAGUGAUUGCAUGUUGUUUUUUAUUUUUUUUCUCUGAUGCUUGGAAACAGAUGAUUGACAAAACAAUGUUUUACUCAUUUAAAAAUAGCAGAAUUUGCAUGUAAUCUUUUAUUGUUUGGUUGCCUUGGUUUACCAGGUGCUGUGAUCUUCCCACAUAAGUCAAGAUGCUACUGUGCAGUUGUAUUAUUAGUGUAGUACUAGACACACACACACACACACACACACACACACACACACACACACACACACACACACACACACACACACAGGGAAAGUGGUGGCUUUGCCAGAUCAUAAAGGGGAUUUAAUUCCUGCCCCUGGCUCUUGGCGUGCUAAAGAUACUUUCUCGUUGUCUUUUGUUCUUCUCACAUUCACACUCAAACACCUUCACCAACACCUGCACCGGUCCCAGUCUGGCAGAG